GAAUUCAGUAUCGUAUGACAGAAAUGGUCAAGAGACAAAUAUUUCCGGAUGGAGCGGAUGGUAGAUUUGCACCGGCAAAGCGACCAAGAACGAGCAAUGCCAGCCUAACCAACGCCGAGGACAUCACUUCGGCUUUGCAGCUUAAGCAUCUGCUCACUUUUCAACAAGGGGCUGACGCCCAGCUCAGAAGAAGUAUUCAGUGCUUCAAGACCUUCCUUGAAUCCAUCGCGCGUGGCGCCGACGACUCCUCUCGGCGUAAUAGACUUUUCAUAUUGAAGGAGUAUCUCGAUUCGCAAAAAGGCCGAGACGAUGGAGACAGUGAUAGCCAUUUUCUGACAGACCUCAUUCAGAUAUGGAACUAUGCUGGUCAGGUCAAUGCCGACGCAUUGCUCUCUGCAGUUCCGGCAGUAUUAGCCCUUCUACUUAAAACGAUUUCCUCGCUACUUGAUUUCCGAGACUAUGGCAUUUUACUCGGGAAGACGAUACUACAGCAGUCUCAAUUGAAAUUGGUAUCAAGACAAUUGACCGCCCCGAAGUCAAAAGAGUUUAUCAUCUCGCCAUGCAUACGAUUGCUCUUGGAGGUUGUGUCAUUCGACGGAGGGUCACUGGCAAAGCAACUUUAUGGGCGCAAAGAUUUUACCCUGGAAAACAAGGCUCUAGCAAGAAAUCUAGGCCUGCGCAGAGCAGCAUCUGCCGAUGCCUCAGAGGAAAGACGCAAACCGUCUGUCCGUUCUAAUGCCAUCCGUUACCUUCUAGCAAAUCUCAAGUAUCAACAGCACGCGGCAAAAAUCGACAUCCUGGGGCAAGUCAAUUUAUUCAAAGUCUUGUUUGAUGACAUUCGAGGGGACCCGCCUGAGAUUAUUAUUGACAUCCUCAACGUUUUCAAAGCCCAUGUACUCACCGACAAAGAAAUCCCCAAGACUAGCAAGGGCAAGGUCUUUACAGAGCGAACGCUAGGCCGUAUAGCGACAUUGUAUGGUUACGAGGACGACCAAAAGGAUUCAGAAAUUAAGCGACAAAAGACAAUUGAUGUCUAUGCCCACGAGUUCCUGCUCCUCGUAUGUUCGAACUCCGAGCAUGGAGUUCUACAUACACCGGCGGGUUGGUACCCACCGGGGGCCUUGAGACAUAGCGGACAACAAGAAGUUGACAGCAAUGCCCCCAAAGCCGUAGACCUUGGCAUUGAAUCUCUUGAGUGGUUUAGCAAAUACCGGGACAAGGUGCCUGUGCGAAAUUCUGCCCUUGCAGCAUUCGCACAAACCCUCCGACCUUACGCAAGCGCACUCCAGAGUGAUUUACUGUUGACACUGUUUCGCGCGGCCCCAGAGCUAGUUGCAGAUUACUUUUACAAAAAGAACGGUUUUAGUUUUGACCCGAAACUGACAGCGACAUGGAUUGGGUAUUCUGCGUUCCUGUUUUCGACCGUCCAACUCCCUCUAUCGUCAGAGAAAAUGCUUGGGAAAGACACUCGUCACACGAUACCACCGCCAACUCCAAUCGUGAUUGAGAAUAUUCUGCCGCAGCCUCUUGACCAAAAGACAUUGACGAGAUGCUUGAACCAAUCAUCUCCUCUCAUCACUUUCUUUGCAAUUCGUCUCCUAACGAUAGCCUUUGAAAAACUCGAAUCAACCUUGUCGCUAUUCAAAAGUCAAACCGAGAGCGGGCACAAUAUCUGGACAGAAGCUUCUAGACAGCUUGUGACAGAGUUUUGCCGCAGGUGUCCAAAGAUGAAAGAUGUAAUCAGGGUAUUCCGCAGCACUUCGGGAGAGGAUAUGCUACAAAGAGAGUCGGUCUCUAGAUUACUUGCAAUGUAUUAUCGGGUUAUUCCCCAAGUUGCCCUUGAGGAGAAAUUUGAUAUCUCAGUAGCGCUCACGGACGCCCUGAGCCGCCUUGAAACCAGCAACGAUAUUGGAAGCGAAGACGGCAUAGGACUAUUGGAACUGGAACAUUUGUUGCAGAUUGCGCAGCGCUCGCUGGACAUUAAAUGGUUCCACAAGCCUGACUCUUUAAAAUAUUCUCCUUUCACCAGCCUUCUCAAGUUGCUCGUUGAUGCACCAGAGGAAAAGCCGCUGAAUGACUUAAAGGCAGUAUUUUCUUCCGUCGUAGCUGAGAACGAAAUCCUACAACGGCAAACGAUAGUACCAUCCAUUGAAGUUCUUAUUGCAAGUCUCCGCGAGGCACGAGAAGGGGUUAUAUCAGAGGAUUUCAUGAAAUUCAUUGAUAAUUGCGUCCUCCGUCUGGUCAGGAGACCGACUACAUAUCUCGAUCAGGUGGAAGACUUGGCUGCCCAAACGGAAGUGUCGAGCCCACGAGCCUCCAAUGAGCCUUUGAGUCUAUUCCUGGUCACCAUUCGAGAGCAGUGGUCUUUCUUUGCAAAGUCGAAUUCGGCCGAGAAGGAGGCUGUCACGAAUUGGCUGGCCAAUUAUUUGACGAAAUCGAGAGAAAUUGGCGAGAGCGGCGCACUCCUAUCGGCUAUCAAAGCUUCUCUGCUGAAUGACCUCGAAGAAGAUAACCUACGGUCCAUUAUGAAACAUGCAGUGACAGAUGGGGGAGCAACAAAUUUGAUGGUAAAUAGAAUGGACCGUCAUGCCGAAAGCUCUAGUUCGAUUCAGGAGAGUGCACCCAAAGAGGAAAGCAGUGUCAAGGAUUACGUGGCAUCGUUGCUUCAAGGUCCACCUGCAGAGAAUCAAGAUCAUCCGGAGUUGAAUCACUGGAUCCAGAAAGACGUCCAGGAUGUCAUGGAAGACGGUGACGCUUCUAGACUGAUCAUGUGUUUGUGCUCCGGCCACCUGCACGUGCGAAAGCAGGCUCUUAUCAGUCUGAGAAAGCUCAUGGUCAAGCUUGAGGCUUCAAAUUACUCUGAAGGUCAGCAAUGCUACCUCCUCAUCGGUGAGGUCUGUGAAACGGCCAGUCCUAUUAUCGACAAUGCACCGCUCCCGUACUUCGUGGGCUCUCUGGCUGCUCGAUCAGCUACCGUCAUCACAGAUCCUCUACAUCCACUAUAUGCCAAGGUCAACCGAUUCUUAAAUAAAGGCCCGUCUUGGAAUGUCCAGAGAGUGCCUUCUUACUGGAUUGAAAACAUUCUCUUUCAUCCACCGGAGGAGGCCGACUCGCAUUAUCGCGAAAUUGAGUGGCUCUUGGAUAUUCUGAUUGAUGGACUCCGAACCCCUCAGGAAAUGGACACGUAUCGUUUGCGCAACGUUUUUGAACGAUUCUUGUCCUUAUACGCAUCUCCAUUCCUCCCAAAGACGAUCAAGGAGAAAAUAAUGCAUCUCAUUUUUCGAGCAACAUUUGUUCAAGGUAGCACAACGCUCAUCACUCGAACUGGGGUAAUCAACUGGGUGCAAACUCGUCUCGCAGUAGGUGAUGCCAAUCGUACUGUGCUUCUCAAAUUGGCAGAGCGUCUCUACGAUACCUGUGACAAAGCACGAGUGGAUGAUUGGAGCGGCGGAACCAUGCAAGGGACGAUAAAGGAUAUCUUGGCCUGAUCACUUACCUGUUCGAAGCAAAAGCGAUCAUAUCGGCAUCGCCUCGUGGCCAAGGAUUAGUUUCAUACUCUGACGUCCGAGACCAAUGUUAGAAGAUGGCUGGCGCCCGACA